AUGGCAUCUCUAAUCCUCGUAAAUGGGGUGCAGUUGGCAAAACAACAAACCGGGCUGUUGGGUAUCGUGUGCCUGAAGGCAAACUACAGCAGCGAUGCACCGCACAAGCUGAAAACCACCAACCUGGCAGCAUUGAAGCGUGGUACCGGUGGCCGUUCGAGUUUCAACGGGAUCGUAGCGACGGUGUUUGGCAGCACCGGGUUCCUGGGUCGCUACGUGUGCAACAAGCUGGGCAAAAUUGGCAGUCAGGUCAUUAUCCCGUAUCGUGCCGAUCACUACGAAGCGUUGCGCCUCAAGCUGGUCGGUGAUCUCGGCCAGGUGCUGUUCCAUCCGUACAAUCUGCGGGAUGAGGAAGCGAUUUACAAGGCGGUUAAACACUCGAACGUUGUGAUCAAUUUGGUGGGUCGCGACUGGGAGACGAAGAACUUUACCUUUAAGGAUGUGCACGUGGACGGUGCGCGUCGGUUGGCUCGCAUUGCGCGCCAAGCUGGUGUGGAGAAGUUCGUUCACGUUUCCAGCUUGAAUGCAACGCCUCAUCCGCAACCGUUCUUCACGAAGGAAGGUAGUAAAUUCCUGCAGAGCAAGUACUACGGUGAGCUGGCGGUGCGUGAAGAAUUCCCCGAGGCGAUCGUUUUCCGUCCGUCGGACAUCUACGGGCAGGAGGAUCGGUUCCUGCGCUACUAUGCGCACAUCUGGCGCCGACAGUUCCGUGCCAUGCCGCUGUGGUACAAGGGUGAACGCACCAUCAAGCAGCCGGUGUACUGUUCGGAUUUGGCGCAGGGUAUUGUGAAUGCGAUCAAGGAUCCGGACAGCCAGGGCCAGACGUAUCAGGCGGUCGGUCCGCGUCGGUACAAAUUGUCGGCGCUGGUCGACUGGUUCCAUCAGGUGAUGCGCAAGGACGAGAAAUGGUGGGGCUAUUAUCGGUACGAUCUGCGCUACGAUCCGACGUUCCGCGUGAAGGUGCUGCUGACGGAAAUGCUGACGCCAUCGUUCCCGAUCGGUGAUGUGCACACGGAGCGUGUCGAGCGCGAGUACGUUAACGACGAGGUGCAGAAAGGUGUACCGACGCUGGAAGAUUUGGGCGUCAACUUGACGUACAUGGAAGACCAGGUCCCAUGGGAGCUGAGACCGUUCCGUGCAGCCCUGUACUACGAUGCUGAGCUAGAUGAAUUCGAAAAACCAACACCACCACAGUACAUCCAGUAG